GGCGAUAUUCACAACCACUAUGCUUCCUGUGAACUGUAAAAUAUGCUUGUUUAUCCUGUCUAGAGUCUAAGUAUUCUCAGAGGAAAUGCCCGAUGGUCGACUGAACUGCAUGACGGUCUAGAAAAUAGUGCCGUAUUGACGAAUCAUCAAGUUUCAACAAGUUUCACGUGAUCAGGUGCCACGUACCUAACAUUGUCAAGCAGACCAGGCAUCCGCCAUGUCGACCACCAUUGACGUUAAAACCGAGCUCCAGCAGAGACUUGACGAAUUUUCUAAUGUGUAUCGUACUGGUAUUUGGGAAGACCUAAUUGAAUUUUAUACCCCCGAUGCAAUAAUGCAAGGACGGACGGAUAUAACAGCUAUCAAACGCCUGAUUACGCAGUAUAUGGUAGAAUAUGACGAUAUAAGAUUUACUAUAACUGAUACGGGAACAAUUGGUAAAGAUGGUUUGGUGUACUCAACCAUAGCAUUCAACUUACACAAACGAGGUGAGAAGGUGGCAGAACCAGGUAAAGAGAUCUGCAUAUGGAAAAAAAAUGGAGACAAAUUCUGUUUCCACCGUGCGGUGUGGAAUGCUGAUGAAGCGAUAGAGACAUAUACAAAACAUAUUUAGACAGAUGCUCAUCAUUACGUUCCGAUUAUGGGAAUAAGCUAAUAUAAAUCCGUAUGAUUAUGUUAUGUCUUUGUAAUUAUUAUAGCAAUAACUUGCAUGAA